GCAGCGGCGGCGGAGGCGGAGGUAAACAACGCCAGCUGAGGCCCGACUUCCGUCUUCUUUUUUUAUUUUUUUUGACAAGAUGGAGAAAAACGUGCUGAAGAAUGUCCAGGUUUGCACGGACACAAGUGACUGCGUUGAGCUGUCCCGCACGUCCGGCCUGUACCUCAAGCCCGAGGCGAGGGUCAGCAUCACAGUCACGCUCCCGCAGCUCAAGUCAGGGCAGUCCAUUUCGAACUGGGAGGUCAUGGAGAAGCUGCGUUCUGCCAUUCUGCCGGAAGUGUUCACGGUUAUCAAGGUGACCAAGAGUACGCUCGAGUUCCUGAGAUUCGAUGCAGAAAUUGAGAACCGAAAGAAUCUCUCUCAAGUCAUCAGUAAAAUUGAUCAGAAAGGCAUCAAGCUGAGUGGGUUCUCCGACCUGUUGAAGAUCAGGGCGACGGAGGCCAAGGCCCCCUUCCCCUCACGCCACGACUGGGACAGCUACUUCAGGGACGCGAAGCACAUGAAUGAGAUGAAGCCGGGAGAGCGACCAGAUACAGUGCACUUCCAGGACCUCCCAUGCCGCUGGUUUGCACACAUCAACGAUGCCGACACCAACAAGCCCAGCGAUUACGUCCUCAGCAAAGUGAUGGCUUCCUUUGGGGAGAUCAGAGCGGUGGACAUCCCCCUCUGUGACCCGUAUCGCAAGAAAAUGUCGGCCUCAAUCAAUGGCAUCAAGACCUUCAGCUUCGGGCAGGACUUGGUGUUUGAGGCCUACGUGCAGUUCAAGGAGUACAUAGGCUUUGCCAAGUGCAUGCAUGCGUUGCAGGGCAAGAAGCUAGUCUUCCUUGAAGACAAGGCAUGGAGUGCAACUGUAAAGGUGGACUUUGACAAGACCAAGCACCUAUCAGAGUACUCAAUCAAAAAGCGCUCAGCCGAACGAGAAAAGCUGCAGGCUGUAGAGCGUGAAGCUGAGGAGAAGCUGCGAAGAAAGAGAGAGAUGGAAGAGAUGAAAAUGGAAGCUGAAAGGAUGAGACAGGAGGAAGAAAGAAGGAUGAAGGAGGAACGCAAAGAGGCUAAAAAGAAGGAGAAAGAACAUCGAAGGAAGGAGAGAGAGGAAAAGAGACGGAAGAAAAGGUUGAUGAAAGUUGAAGAGAAGAUGAAGAAGCAGGAGGAGGAAGAGGAAGCAAAACUUGCCAGGAAGAUUGCCUUGGAGGAGCGCAAGCUACUAAUUGCCCAGCGCAAACUGGAGAGCAUUCGACUCCUGGAUGAGCUUUUUGAGAGGAUUAAGGUUGGUCGUCAGAAGGAGAUCGCCCAGAAGAGGGAGGAGGAGAUCUUCCGGCAUUUGGAUGAACACAACAAGAAGCAGGUGGAGGAGUUGAAGGAGAAAGAG